AUGACCAACAGGUGCAUCCUCCAAGCUGCAUUUCUGCUGUUUUUCCCCACAGCUCUGUCCAUCAACUACAAGGAGUUUGAGCUCAAACAAAGCAGCACUAAUUCAGUUUGUCAGGAGCUCCUGAAACAGCUGCAUGGACCACUCUGCCUCAGCUACAGAGUAGACUUCAAGAUCCCUAUGGAGGUGAAGCACCCAGGACAAAUGGAGAAGAGAGAUGCUGCCUUCAUCAUCCAAGAGAUGCUCCAGAAUAUCUUUGUUGUCUUCAACAAAAGCAAUUUCUCCAGCACUGGGUGGAAUAGGACCAUUGUUGAAAGCUUCUUAGAUGAACUUCAUAAGCAGAUAGGCUUUCAGAAGGAAAUUCUAAUGGAAAUCCCGGAGAAUGGAAGUUCGCCUACAAUCAUUCUACACUUGAAGAGCUAUUACUGGAGGAUGCAAAGGUACCUUGAAGACAAGAGGUACAGCAGGUGCGCCUGGGUGGUGACACGAGCAGAAGUCGUAAGGAACUUUCUCAUCAUUGAAAGGCUUACUAGUAUCUUUCAGAACUGA